CCAAAUAUCAUUUCCGGGUCAGCAGCUACAGGUUGCUAUGAAGUUGGUGCAUAUGACACGUCAGCUGGCUAGGAAACAAGAGGAAACUGCAACACCUGCUUAUAUAGGACAAUGUCAUAAACCUCCGCGCUGCAUUUAAACGUGCACUGCAGACUGCCACUACAUUACAGACGCGGAGAUUUCCUGAAGAAGACUAGAGUCAGGCGCGUUGCUGCUGUAGCAUCACGCAUGCUGAGACUGAGAGAGAGUUCAGCAUCAUUCAAUCUGGACCCGUCCGACACGACCCACAGAAGAUGAUCAUUCGUUAUCGUGGAUGAGAGAGAGCUCACCCGACCGCUGCUUUUGUCUUCUGCAUCCUGAGCAGCACGUCCAGGGACAUGUCGUCCCCGUCGCCGGUGCAGAUCAGAGAGGCGAAUGCGCACCUGGCCGCGCUGCACAGGCGGGUCACAGACCUGGAGCAGAGGCUGGAGGAAGCGGAGAAAACCGUGCGGGAGCAGGCGGAGAGUCUCAUCCGCAAAGAUGAGCAGCUGAGAGCCACCACGCAAGAAAUCACGGAGGCCAAGGACAAAGAGAUUUUCUUCCUCCAUGAAAAGCUUUGUCAAUCAGAGGAAUCCAUCCAUAAACUCAACCAAACGAUUAAGGAAAAAGAUUCUCUAAUCGGACAGUUACAACACCGCUGUCAGCUGCUGGACAACAUUUGCAAAAGCCGUCCAUUAUUGGACAGCAUGCUGGCCCAGAUGGCUGAGGCUGAGAGAAUGGGGCCUGUCAGUGACUUGGGGAAGCCCACGACCAACAGCUCUCUCACGGACGGAGAGUCCAACUGCAGCCCCAGCCGCCUCUCCAACCACAAAGACUUCUCGCUCAGCGAAGACGACUCUGAUGAUCAGGAAUUAGAUGGGGUUGUGUUUGGGACCACCGUAUGAGAGUCUCAGUUCACCUGCUCCUCAUCUCAGGUUUAGCAGCCUGUGUGUUUUGAUGGUUACAAUUGAUUCAGUGUCUGGUUAAAAUAUCCAUUGUAUCAUAAUACAGGUUACUGGAGUGUGAAUGGGAUUUUACUGUAAAGAGCGAAUGCCUGGUCAAUUCUGGCUAAAUCUAUGUGCAAACUGAUGCAAGUAUGCUACAUAUCUUUUAGAUUUGUCCCUCAAACCACUUUAGUUCUCAUUACUGAACUGAACAGGUUUAUUUAGGUUCAGUUUAAAAUAGGCUGACUUGUCCCUUUUUAACUUUAAAUUUGCAUAUGCUUUGUUAUAUUUUUCUCAGCUGUUUAUACCUUAUAGAUUUAUGCGUUGAAUAUUAGAGAAGACCUUUUUUAAAAUUUACAUCGGAAAUAACUGUUACAUGCAGUCAACCUGCAAUCUUAUUUAUUAACGUGAUCCAGUCCUGAUUUAAAAAGAACGUCUGGGAAACUGUUUUGGAGUUAUAAUAUACUCUGACAUUGCAUGCUUGCUGUUUUUUUGGAGCCUCUCAGUGAACAAUUUCAGCAGUCAUUGACAAUUUACAAAUGAUGGAUUCUGGAUUGAGUUUUACACUUUAUAAAUUUUACCCUCGGCUUUAAACUUCCAGAUUAAAAUGCAACACAUUAUUUGGCACACUUCUUUGAAAAAGCAAAUUUAGAGGAAUCAUAAAAAGCUCAGAAAAGCUCAUCCAAAAUGUUAUAUUUUGUCAUGUCCUGACACAUUCAAACCUCAAUUACUUCACUUAAAGAAGAAGUCCACUUCCAGAACAAAAAUUGACAGAUUAUGUACUCGCCCCUUGUCUCCCAAGAUGUUCAUGUCUUUCUUUCUUCAGCCGUAAAGAAAUAUUUUUUUUGAGGGAAACAUUUCAGGAUUUUUUUUUUUUUUUUUAAUAUAAUGGGCUGAUAUGGUGCUCCGAUUUUGAACUUUCAAAAUGCAGUUUAAAUGCGGCUUCAAACGAUCCCAAAUGCGGUUGUAAACGAUCCCAGCCGAGGAAGAAGGGUCUUAUCUACCGAAACAAUCGGUUAUUUUAAUAAAAAUGAUACAAUUUAUAUACUUUUUAAUGUCAAAUGCUCGUUUUGUCUUACUCUGCCUGAACUGUUUUUUUUUUUUUCAGGUUCAUGACAUUUAGGGUACGUCGAAAAUUUCUCAUCUCAUGUUCUCCCUCAACUUCAAAAUUGUCCUAUAUUGCUGUUUUACCUUUUUUUUUAAGGGUGUUUGAUCUUCUUUGCAUGUUCACUUUGCAAAGACUGGGUCGGUACUUCUGCAGUGAUGAAGGAUGAUUUUGAAAUGAUUUUUGAAAUUGAGGGAGAAAAUACGAAUUAAUUUGAUUUAAAUCUGUACAUUUUUGUUCUAGAAGUGGACUCCUUUAACAGAUAUUUUGAGGAGUAUCUUGACAGAAAUUUAAUUCAAAUGUGUUUUACAAGUUUGCUUUCGAUUCGAUUUACGAUUUGAAUCAGUAGUUAAAAUUUUGGAUUAUACCCCACAAUACAUGGCAAAUUUGCUCAAGGAAAAAAAUAUCUCAACUAAUGCUGUAAAUACAUGAGACAGUUGGUACUACAGGUUCAAAUACUGAAUUCAAAGUUAACUUCAAAUUCCUUAAUUAUGUUUCUACUUCAAUUCGUUUUUUGAAAAGUAAACAUUUAAAUGGUGGCUUUUAUAAAAACUUGCUGGAUUUGUUCAAACAUAAAUAUUGAAGAACAGUAAAAAUUGUAAUUAAUGUUAUAUGGUGCAUACAUUUAGCAAAAUGCUUCUUUCUAGAGUUUAUUUUUCUAGCUGACUAACGAGUUUCUGGGCACUGAAUGUUUUUUUUUUUUUUUUUUUUUUCCCCUGUGAUAAAUGUGACCUUACAUGACAUUGUUUACAAGCUGUUGUAUUAACGUCUUUUUGCGUUUGAAACACUGCGAUUACAUGUGAAAGAAUACGGAUUUCAAUAAGUCGUACUCUUUUAUUUUAACAUACCUUCAGAUGUUUAUUCACGUUAAUUUCGUGCUGAAACUGCUUUUAAAAUGGAGAAGAUGAUCAGUUCACUGCCGCUUCUCAUGAACUAAGGUGCUACCACGACCCGUCACUCCGCAUUAAACAGCGCCAAAACGAUAUUCAGUUUUUGAAUAUUGUAAUAAAAAGGACAGAAUUUGAAAUCCAAAACUUUGUUUCAUAUCAAAACAAUUUGAUAUUCAAUUCAUAACAAAUUAAAAAACUUAGUGCGAUUUAUUGGAUGGGAGGGGCUCUAGAAUGUUCUAUUCUUAACUAAAAACAAUCGAUUCUUGGGAUUUGAGAAUAGAUAUCGUUUCGUAAAAAUGAGAAUCGAUCUGUGAAUUUUGUUACGUUUUUCUCUACAGAUAAAGUAAAACAGUUUCUAACAGACUCAUGGUUGAAAUAUUCCAAUAAAUAAUUGUGCUAUUCUUAAGUGCUAAACAUCUAAAGUAUGUCUUUUUUCCUCAGAAAAACUAUAUAUACAGAAAUCAAACCCUAACAUUAUUAUUUUGUAUUUAUUAUCUUUUAUAUAAAAAAAAACAAACCAACCAACAAACAUAAAGCUUAAAUAUGCCUAUUAAAUUUUGAUUUGGGUGAACUGUCCCUUUAGACAUGAUUUUUUAUUUUAUUUUAUUUUAUUUUUUUCAAAUUUUUAUUUGAAAAAUGAUAAUACUUUACAAUAAGGUUCAUUAAGGCAUCAGAUAUCAUGAACUAAAAAGGAACAACAUUUUACAGUUUUUAUUAAUAUAAUGUUUAUAUAUAAGAAUACUUUUGUUCAUGUUAAUUUCAAGCAUGUAUUAGUAUACACAUAUAUUAACAUUAAUAAAUGCUGUAAAAAUAAUGUCCUUUGUUAUUCCAGGUUAGCUGGUGCAUUAACUAAUGCUAACAUACAAAACAUUCCUGAACGACUGUGAAAAUGUUUUCCUCCACCUAAGUUGCUUUAUAUUUAAAGAUUUGUGCUGGAAACUCAUAAGUAACAGAAGAGAAUCGUAGUAGUUAUCUACAAAACAGGACUUUUUGUGAUACCCUACCACCAUUGUGCAACUGAGCGAGGCGAUGAAGCUCAAGGCUGCUGUUAGUGACAUUGUGACACCAGACUUACACUGUAAUUUAAGGUGCAUUGUGUGUAAUUAAAUGAUCUAUGCAGUGAAGUUGUUCCCUGAGAGCCUCCCUUAAUAGACAGUUAACAGUUAGCACUUAAAAUAGAGCUUCACCAGAUAAGUGGAAAAAAUUAAAACCAAGUUAAAGCUGUUGCUUACACUUUACAGGCUCAUGGUUGAGAAAUCACAAAAAGAGUGUAAAAGCACUAGUUUUUGUUUGUUGAAUAUCUUAGAUAGCUGUUUCCUGGAUUGGCUGAACCAUGUUACAUAUUUACAUGUAAGAUGCCCUUAUGUUUGCUGUUAUUUCAUUUCUAAUGUGAUUCCAAUACAUAGAUAUGGCAUAGGCCUUUCUCUAAAUCCAUUUUGUUGUUCUUCAACAUUCAAUUCGGCCUAGCGAAACCAAAUCUAUGCAAGCCUGUCAUAUUUUGCCAUAUUUAUAUAGUGUCAAGCUGUGGAAAGCCGGAUGGAGGGGAACCAUAAUGUAGUGAAUGUGUGUACUGAUGAUGGGGCAUUAUUCAUGUACAGCAUGUCACCUGUCCUGUUAAGAUGUGAUGGCUACACAUUAUUUUCGUGUUUGUUUUAAGAGUUACAUGUGGUUCUGAACUGCAGCAUGGUAACUUGACAUAUUGGGGCAUGUCAUAUUUGUCUUGCUAGUGCCCUGUACUGAAGUGUGUUUGCUAACAUUUUUCUCUACAGAUAAAGUAAAACAGUGCCUAAAUGACUCAUGGUUACUUGUUCAAUGGAGUUAUUUAUUCUGAAAAAUUCUAAUAAAUUAUUUUGUUAUUCUUCAGUGCUAAAUAUCUAAAU